AUGCUAGUAAAACGUGAACUCUUCAUGCACGGUACUCAUCACCGCCAGGUUCUGUUCAGUCAGGGCAUGGUCCACUGCUACAACAUCAUCGCACACACACUCACGUAUGCAUGGACUCACACACACGUGAUGUCAUCCACAUGCACAGAGUGAAGUCCACUUGGGAGGAGGAUGCCACGGCAUAAACUCAUCGCAUCUGAAAGUGACGUGAGCAUUGAGGUGGAUGUAGGGAAGGAUAAUGAAUUCAGCCUUUACUACGUGGAAGUGGAGGAAAACUCUCAGGGAGGUCAGGAGAAGCAGACAACGCGAGAUGGCAAACGGAGAAGAGAGAGAAAUGGUGAAGUGAGCAGGAGAAGAGCUUCAGAGAAGAGAACAACUGAGGUGGACACUAAAAGAGCAGAGAAGAAACAUGAGAAACGCCACAAAACAGCAAGGAAAGAGGGUGAGAAACAUGAAAAAAGGCAAAGAAGAAAGAAUGCAGAUGAAGAGGAGGCUGAGGAAGAAUCCAAUAAAGAGAAAAAGAACAUUAAAAAUGAAAGAACCAAGACACUGAGACGUGAUGAUGAGAAGGAAAAAGAUGUGAAGAAAAAGAGAAAGAAGCAUGUUAAAAAUGAGGAGGACAAUGCAAAUUCUGGAAAGACAAAACAGAAAGAUUGUCAUGACAUGCCACUGAAGGAAAAGAAAAAGAAAAGAAAGAAGCCAGAGACUACCUCAGAAUCUGAGUCCAAAUCUGAAUCGGACUCUGCCCCCGAGUCAAAGGACAAUCAGGCAGUGGGAGUUUUGGGUUCUCUGACCCCAGAGGAGCUGGAAAAGUUAAAAGAAGCAGUGGAUGAAAGGAAAAAGCUAAUCGCCACAAUGAGAGGAAAACCCUGGCCCAUGAAGAAAAAACUAGUUGUCCUUAGGGAGUCACAGGAGUUUGUGGAGAAAUAUGAAGGGGCUCUGGGAAAAGGCAAAGGCAGGAAACUCUACGCCUACAAGGUCAUGAUCAUGAAGAAAUGGAUGAAGUUUCAACGUGACUUUGAGAACUUCAAGACUGCCUGCAUCCCAUGGGAGAUGAAGAUAAAGGAAAUAGAAAGUCAUUUUGGUUCAUCAGUUGCCUCUUACUUUAUAUUUCUGAGGUGGAUGUAUGGCAUCAAUAUGAUUUUAUUUGGACUGACGUUUGGGCUAGUAAUGGUUCCAGAGGCUCUUAUGGGGAAACCAUAUGGUAGUAUACCCAGGAAGACAGUGCCCAGAGAGGAAGAGGCCAGUGCUAUGAAUUUUGCAAUCUUAUGGGAUUUUGGGGGCUAUGCUAAGUACUCUGUCCUCUUCUAUGGCUACUACAAUAGCCAGCGGGCCAUUGGGUGGCUCAAAUUCCGCUUGCCCCUGUCCUACUUCCUGGUGGGAGUGGGUACAGUGGCAUAUAGCUACAUGGUGGUAAUCAGGACUAUGGCCCGCAAUGCCAAUGAAGAAGGUGGCGGAGAUGACACCAGCUUUAAUUUCAGUUGGAAGACAUUUACUAGUUGGGAUUACCUCAUUGGAAAUCCUGAGACAGCAGACAACAAGUUUGCUUCCAUCACCACUAGUUUUAAGGAGGCCAUUGUGGAGGAGCAAGAGAGCAGAAAAGAUGACAACAUCCACCUGACACGAUUCCUUAGAGUGCUGGCCAACUUCCUGGUGCUCUGCUGUCUGGCAGGGAGUGGGUACUUGAUCUACUUUGUAGUACGCAGGUCUCAGAAGUUUGCUCUGUUGGGACUGGAGAACUACGGCUGGUGGGAGAGGAAUGAGGUGAACAUGGUGAUGUCUCUGUUGGGAAUGUUCUGUCCGAUGCUGUUCGAUGUGAUCAGCACUUUAGAGAACUAUCAUCCACGCGUUGCCCUCCAGUGGCAGCUGGGACGCAUAUUCGCCCUUUUCCUGGGGAACCUCUACACGUUCAUCAUCGCUCUCAUGGAUGCCAUCCAACUAAAGAGGGCAGAAGAGGAGAUUGUAAAGAAGAAUAUGACAAUCUGGCAGGCUAACCUGUACAAUGGGACUGUGCCAGACAACUCAACUGCUCCUCCGAUCACAGUGCACCCUGCUGAUAUUCCCAGAGGGCCUUGCUGGGAGACAAUGGUUGGACAGGAGUUUGUACGUCUCAUCAUUUCUGAUACAAUGACGACUUACAUCACACUGCUUAUUGGGGAUUUCCUCCGUGCCGUACUGGUGCGAUUCCUAAACAACUGCUGGUGCUGGGAUCUGGAGUAUGGCUUUCCGUCCUAUUCAGAGUUUGACGUCAGUGGAAAUGUUCUGGGGCUGAUCUUCAAUCAGGGAAUGAUCUGGAUGGGGGCAUUCUACGCUCCAUGUCUUCCAGCAUUAAAUCUUCUCCGGCUUCACGUGUCCAUGUACCUGCAGUGUUGGGCGGUGAUGUGUUGUAAUGUGCCUCAGGAACGGGUCUUCAAAGCUUCAGGCUCCAAUAACUUCUACAUGGCCAUGCUGCUGGUCAUCCUCUUCCUCUCUACACUGCCAGCUAUAUACACCAUUGUCUCCAUUCCUCCCUCUUUUGACUGUGGACCUUUCAGUGGGAAAACCCGCAUGUUUGAUGUGAUUCAGGAGACCCUGGAGUCAGACUUCCCUGCCUGGUUCGGUAAAAUGUUCAGUUACGCCUCGAACCCCGGACUGGUGCUGCCUUUUCUUCUGCUCUUGGUUCUUGCGAUUUAUUAUCUGCAGUCCACUUCUAAAACAUACAAAAGGGUAAACAUGGAGCUGAAAAAGAAACUUCAAACACAAAAUGAGGAAAACAAGAAAAAGAACAAACUUGCCGCCUUAAAAGCAGCCAAUGAGCUGGAGCAGGCAAGGAAAGCAGGAGAACAACGCAGCAGCAGCGCCUCCGAUUUGGGAGUGAAUGAAGAGAGCAGCAGCAUAGAUGAAGCAGGCCAUCACAGACAAGCUGGACAGAACGGUCGUUUUAUUCACCCUUCACAGAGUCAGCAUACUCAAAACUCUGAACCUCCCGUCUCCUCGACCCACACAACUACCAGACCCCCUGCAUCCCGGGGCCACACAUCAUCUGGACAUCUUCCAGGUCACCCACAGCAGCCACAGAAAAACUCUCACUCAAACAGGAGAUAAACAGCACAGAUGUAAACAGAUAAAUAGAUGCAUCUGUUUGUUGCAUGCACAACAUUUGGCACUUAUAUGACCAUUUGGAUUUCUUGCUGAUACAGUAUAAAUCCUGUGCCCAGGCCUGCAGCACAUAUCAUGAAUGUCACAGUGAAUCUCAAGGGCUUGGUAGCUAUGUAACUCUAGAAUGAUAAGUAUCUCUGUGAAAGAGAAAUGAUUGCUCUUGUUACACACAGGCCAAACUAGGGUCAAACUAUCUCUUGAUUUGUUGUUUUUUAUAUUUAUUGUUUAGUUUUAGAAAUAUUUGCUUGAUUGUUGGUUUACAUGCCAAUUGCAACUAGUUAUUAAACUACA